UCAUAUCUCUCUCCUCUAGAUUCUUUUCUCUUCUCAUCUAAUUCUGUUUCUCUUCUCAUCCACUUUUUUCCUUCUUUUUCUCUCGCAACUCUGUUCCAACUCUAGGGAUUGACUCAGAUAUGUUAUCUUACAAAUUGGUACCAGAGCUUGGUUCUGAGAUGGGAUUGCUUCCAAACUUUCUUACUGAAGUCACAAUUACGAGCAAAUGAAUGGGAGUCUCCUCAUUCCAGUUCUUCACGUGUAAGUUUUGCUUCCAAUCCAUUCCACCGAUAUCACAAGAAUGACUAGAUCUGGGAUAGUUACUCAAGACUCGAUGAUCUGUAAGUUGGAGGUAAUAGUUAGGGUUUUGCAGAUAGAACCCAAGAAGGAUAGGGAUGAUUUGAGGGAGGAAAUGAAGCAGCAUGCCUUGCAGAGUGCAAUAGAGAUUAGACAGAAGAUCAGGGAGAAGUUACAAGCCAUUUUUGGGGAUUCUUUGCCUGAUAAAACUAAAGGAAGUGAUCCUGGAGUAAAUGAAGAAGUGGGAACCUCUAUUGCUGUCCUCGGGAGUAAGGGUAUUCUCCCUAAUACAAAAGUCAACCAGCAGCAGGGAGGGAUUGUUAGCAAUGGAUCAGCAGCUGAGAAUGAAGAUAAACAUAUAAUUGAUGAAGAUCAACUUCUUGGAAAUUAUGACAAAUCAAAUGAAGACCAAAAUGCUUCUAGUGAAGUUUUCAAUAAGAAUGACAAGGGCAUUGAGCGUGAGCGGGAUUUUCUCGCUGAUACAUUUGGUAUUAAUGAAGAUUCUAAGGAGGAAAAUAAUGGAGAAGAGGAUAAUCGAUAACCAGAGUUUGCAAUGGAGAAAAUAAGAGGUGAAUCUGUAGUGGAUUUUGAAGAAAAAAAAUUCAGAAUCUCUUGAACAUGUCUUUGUUGUGAAGACAGACCAUAAAUUCCUUUUUAGUUUUAGCAAGAUUUUUUCAGGAGAAAAUGUAGCUGAAUGUUAUGAUGAAGAUAUAUGUGGAAAGUUGUAUUGCAAUUUUGGAGAUAGUAAAAUUGAGCUGA